UUUUUGAAAUUGUGAUGUAUGUUUUGUAGUUGACAAUUUGUUUUUCAUCAGAAUUGACAACGACAACACAAACAAUGACAACACAGUCACCGCCACCAACAACAGAAUUACCGACAACAACACAGUCACUAACUACAGAGGCAACGACGUCAACACAGUCACAGACAACACAAACAACGACUGCAGAGACACAAGUUUCCCUUCCGAAGUCUUGUCUGGUAAUACUAAGAAGUGGAAAUUCUGUUGGUGAUGGUGUAUAUUCGAUCGAUCCAGACCGGACAGGAAUACCAAUACAAGCUUAUUGUGACAUGACAACAGAUGGAGGUGGCUGGACGAUAAUCAAGAGAACCAUCUUUCAAACUACAACUCCGCCUCAAAAUUUGAGGAUUAAGGAUUAUAGAGUCAUUUCUGAGUUUAAUACAAACGACAGGAAUAUCUUCCCCACUUCAAAAGCAUUCUUGGACAUCCUUCAAAAGAUGGGAUUCCACCAGAUUCAUUACUAUUGUUACAAGAAAUCCGUCGGAAGGGUCGUCAGCAUCCGUACGAGAAACGACACAAUUGGUCACCAAGUAGUACGUUACUUCACAGAUGAUAAUUUUGCAAUGUCAAAUUUCGUGGCGGCCUGUGAGUCGUUCGAUCGACUUCCCGAGGAUACGUCAGUACUGGGUCAGAAUUGUGCAAAGUGGAACAAAGACACAGGCACAUGGGGUAAAACCAUUGGUUCUUCGCGGACGAUGACAAAACCGUUUUACAUUAAGGCGUCCAAUACUUAUGGCUGCAAUGUUAACCCGCCAGACGUCGACUACUGUGCCUGUGACGACGAUUAUUCGACGCCACUAUCGUAUAAUUCCCAGGAUCGAUGGCAGAUUUCAGUCAGACUCAGUUACUCAGGAUUCUCGUAUCAGUGUUUAAAUAUUCACGAAUAA